AUGCUGUUUUCCCUCGUCCUUGGGGCAUCCCUUCUAUCUCCCGCCUCUUCUCAAGCACUUACUUCAUCCCAACUCUCUCUGGUUACUCAACGACUAGCAGAUGCCGCCAAAUUGAGUUGGGAAAUAGGGACGCGGGCGCAAGCUUUGACUGAACUGGAUGCCCAUAGCCUCUCUGUUUUCUCCACCGUUCCACCUCCAACAUCUAUACCCUCCAAUGUCACCGCUGGCAUUGCCCCCGUACUCUCGAUCGCUCACAACAUUGUUUCCGCGCUGAAUUCCUCGGGAAAUGGGGAACUCGUCGCUGGCGACGGGGCCGCCGGAGACCCCGCGUCGAUCGGGGUUGCAGUCUUACUAGCGAAUUGGACUGGUCAACAAGGAAAGGAUGGACUCAACUACGCUGCUGCUGCCAAGAAUCAGCUCGAUUUUCUGCUUUACAACACUCCCAAGACGCCAGAUGGCGCCAUUUCACACAGGGUGUCCCAAGUCCAGCUAUGGAGUGACAGCGUUUUCAUGGUCCCUCCGUUCCUCGCCUACUACGGCGUUUUGACGUCCAACACCUCACUUAUAACGGAAGCUUACAACCAAAUUAAGUUAUAUCGCAACUACCUUCGUGACACCAACGCGAACAAUCUCUGGAAACAUAUUGUACUGGGGAACAAUACGAAUGGUGGAAGCCUGGACGAGGGUCAUUGGUCCACUGGCAAUGGCUGGGCAGCAGCCGGGAUGUUACGUGUUUUAGGCACAAUGAAGAACUCGCCAUACAACAAGCAAUUCUCCAACGAGCAGAAGGACUUGAAAGACUGGGUCAAGGAAAUUCAUGGCGCAAUGUUUUCAGCACUCGACUCGACGAACAUUUUUACAAAUUAUGCGGGCGAAAGCUCGGGAAGCCCCGGCAUGUUUUACGAUGCGGCCGCGACAAUGCUUCUUGCGAGCACUGUUUACCGCCUGGCAGUCGUUGAAGACGACCAUACCUACGUGGCAAACGCAGAGAAUUGUCGGCGAGCCCUUUUCGCCACGGUAUCGCCAGCUUCAUCAUCGCCUACACCAACCUCCACUUCCCCGCCCGCACCCUCCUCUAGCUCUGGUGACGUCUCUUCUCCCAGCAAUUCACCCUCUUCUUCUCCUAGCAUUGCACCCUCUUCUUCUCCUCUCCCAACACCCACUGCUUCCCUCGACAAUCUGAGGCAUUUCACAAGCGACGGUUGGUUGACACCCGUUGUCAAUCCUCAUCAGUUUGGAAUACAAGGCCAAGAAUCAGCAGAAGGCCAGGCCUUCGCAGUCAUGUUCCAAGCUGCUUACAACGAUUGGAAUGCUAUUGGCGCACCUGGGAAAAACGACAAACCCAAAAAGGGCCGGGGCACGCAAAUUCACGCUUCGUUCGCCUUCACUCUCGUCUCCACGCUCUUUGGAUGGACCUUACUCUAUUUCUAA